AUGUCUUCUAAUGACGAUAAAAGAGUAAACAGUAAAAAUAUUCGAUUUGAAGAAAUGAACGAUUGCAUUGCAGAAAACAUUGAUUAUACAAGUUCAUUACAUUUUUUUUCACAGAUGAAUUUUUCUAAUGAGUGCGGAUUUGUUAUACCGCCAAAAAAAAUUAUAGAAAAACAUUUAAUUUGUUAUAAUUGUGGUUCUCCACCUGAUACUGAUUUAAUCAAAUUAUUUUUAUUUUCUGCGUAUAUAAAUAAUUUUUCUUUACUUGAUAAUUUUUUAAAACAUGAAACAAAAAUUGUUGAUUUUUUUUCUGAAGAAAAAAAGAUACAUAAACAUAGUAAUGAUAUAGUAGAUAAUAAAAAGUUCGAAUGUAAUUCUGAUGAACCACAAAAAAAAGUUAUAAGAAAAAGUGCUUAUAACAGUUUGAUGUCAACAAAUCUUUCUAAUAUGUUACCAGAAAAUAAAAGAAAAAAAAAUAAACCAAAAAAAGGUAAUAUGAGACAAGAUAAGAGUAAAAAAGGGAAAAAAUCCUUGCCAGAAAUUUAUAAUAAGAUUUUAGAUAAUGAAAAAGAAUCAAAAUCUUUAUAUAAUAAAUAUAAAAAGACACAUCAAUGUGCAUUUUGUUCAGUUGUGUUUUUAAAUAAAGUCGAAUACAACCAACAUCUAAAAAACAAACAUCCAGAAAAUUUAGUAUCUAUUAAAAAACCAUUUAAAUGUCCUUUUGAAGGUUGUAUUAAGACUUAUAAGAAUAAGAAUGGUAUUGAAUAUCAUUUGAUACACUCCCACUUCUUAUCUUUAGUGGACGUAGAAAAAACAUUAAUGAAUCUUUAA